UGAAGUCUGCGUGGCAAGUAUUACGAGGGGAAAAAGACUGGACGAAGGGCAAGGAUCACGUUGACAACGUCCGAACGAAAAAACUGUACGAGAUGCUGGAAAAGAUGACGUGUGAGAUAGACAGAGUUCAGAGAAAUUACAUGGAUCCCAAAGCAAAUCAUUACUUACACAAAAGCGCAAACAACGUUCUCAAAACGAGCAGCAAACCAAGUUUACAGGAAGAAGCUGAAAUUGUGAGAAGCUUGAUCUUUCCCGACAGAAAAGCGAGAAUUAAAUCAGCAAUUUCUAAUCUGAGAAACGUCGAUAGCGAAAUAAUUGGUAAAGAUAUGGCCAGGGUACGAUUUGACGAAGAUCUAGAAAACGUUUUAACGGAUAAACAACCAAAUAUGACGAAGCCAAAAUUUACAGACGACGGCAAGAUAAGAGCAAAGAUAAGAUCUUCCAUCGAAGAAUAUCUGCGACAUCACACUGACUAUAUUCGUAAAUCAUAUGACAUCGAAGAGAAAAGAGAAGAGUAUUCUCGAAAUGUAAAACCAUCGGUAAGUGAUAUCGAAGAUAUUCUAGCGAGUCAUAAUAUCGGACCGCACGUGUUGUAUGAAAAUUUCGAAAGACAAAGCGACAGCUACAAUUCGGAAAAUUACGCAAGCGAGGACGAUGCAUGUCGCUCUUGCUCGAAUACUGCAACAAAUGCCACACAAGUGACAACAUCCGUUGACACUAUCCAAGAGAAUAGAAGAAUUCAUGAUAUGUCCCUCGAGAAUACGGGAUUAUAUAACGAUAGACAAUCGACGAAAGUGGUUGAUGCAAAACCUUUCAAUAUUCGGAGACAGUCGAGCGUAACAAAUUUCCAAGAUAACGCCUUCGUUAAAAUGGGUUUAAACGAAAAUUUAUCGAGAGACACGCUGUCGCAAAUAUUGCAGUCGGAAUACUUGAGAAAGGACUUAUCUUUAUAA